AUCAAUAUGUCUACGGCUUCUUGGAUUCAACAACCUCCUUUUAGAUACUCACCGGAUCGUGGGUCAAGCAGAAGCUGUAACCAACAGAGACUCAGGGUUCAAGCAAUGAGUUCCACAGCCCAACGGAAUUUUUCCUUAUCGAAAGGCGACACUGAUGAUAAAAAUGUACCUGAUCAUCUUCUUGUUCUUGUACAUGGUAUUUUGGCCAGUCCCAGCGACUGGCUCUACGUAGAAGCUGAGCUGAAAAGACGCCUUGGAAGAAGAUUCUUGAUUUAUGCAAGUUCUUCCAAUACCUUCACUAAAACAUUUGGCGGGGUCGAUGGAGCUGGAAAACGACUAGCUGAAGAGGUUAGACAAGUUGUCCAAAAGAGCAAGAGCUUAAAGAAGAUUUCUUUUUUAGCCCACUCCCUCGGUGGCUUAUUUUCCAGACAUGCUGUUGCUGUUCUUUACUCAGCAGCAAUGUCACAAGCAAGUGAUGUUGCUGUCUCUAAAUCUGGCGAUUCACAUCUUCUGCGAGGUAGGAUUGCGGGGCUCGAACCGAUUAAUUUCAUCACUUUGGCAACACCUCAUCUUGGAGUGAGAGGCAGAAAGCAGCUGCCUUUUCUGUUGGGAGUUCCUAUUCUAGAGAAACUUGCUGCACCAAUAGCUCCGUUCUUUGUUGGUCGGACUGGUAGCCAGUUGUUCCUCACUGAUGGUAAAGCUGAUAAACCACCUCUUCUUUUGAGGAUGGCAUCUGAUGGUGAAGAUCUGAAAUUCUUAUCGGCGCUGGGGGCAUUUCGAAGCCGCAUUAUAUAUGCAAACGUAUCUUAUGACCACAUGGUUGGUUGGCGUACAUCUUCCAUAAGGAGAGAAACUGAACUUAUCAAGCCUCCACGCCGGUCUCUGGAUGGAUACAAGCAUGUUGUUGAUGUAGAAUACUGUCCACCUGUUUCAUCAGAUGGUGCCCAUUUCCCUCCAGAAGCUGCUAAAGCCAAAGAGGCCGCACAAAGCUCUCCUAGCCCUCAGAACACACUUGAGUAUCAUGAAAUUGUGGAAGAGGAAAUGAUCCGCGGUCUGCAGAGGUUAGGGUGGAAGAAAGUUGAUGUCAGCUUCCACUCCACCUUCUGGCCUUACUUAGCUCAUAACAACAUUCACGUGAAAAGUGAAAGACUUUACAAAGCAGGAGCUGGAGUUAUUGCGCAUGUUGCAGAUAGUAUAAAACAGCAAGAGUCUUCCACGUUUAUUACCGCCAGCUUAUAAACUUUUGGGAGAUCGGUGCAGAUCAAGAACGUUCACAUCUUUGCUUUUCUUUUGUUGUUGGCGAAAUCAGAGGAAGUAUAUUCCAAUUCAUCUGUACAUGAUUUUCUUGUAAUAGCUUGCUGAUGAUACAACACUUGAAGAUGUUAUUAUAGAUUCAGGUUUCUUAAAGAGAAAGUUAUAUGUUCAACCUCUACUCUUCCCUGCUGUUUUUUCAAGUAAAUUUUUGUUUCCCAAUUCAAAAUAACAGAUUCAGCUGAAGACAUUUUUCUCUAGUCAAAUGUGUUUUGGAAUUUUUCUUAUUGCUGCAUAUUUUCUUGUUUCAUUCUUUAAUUCAAAGAAAUUUGUGCAAAAGUUUUCUUGUGCGGCUCAUAUUAAAUUAGUCAUUUACUA